GUGACAGUUUUUUGUUACAAGCCUUACAAUGCGACUAUUGGCGCUCGCCGCGCUGGCCCUCGUUGGGCUGGCCACGGCCCAGUUCGACACCCACCAGUGGAGUGAUCGCAGUGGAAUGGUGCACCUGUUUGAGUGGAAGUGGAAUGACAUUGCGGACGAGUGCGAGCGAUUCCUGGCCCCGAAGGGUUACGCCGGAGUGCAGGUUUCACCGCCGACGGAGAACAUCAUCGUUUCGGGACGGCCCUGGUGGGAGCGCUACCAGCCGGCCUCGUAUCACCUGAACACCCGGUCCGGCUCGGAGCAGGACUUUGCCAACAUGGUCCGCCGGUGCAACCAGGUCGGAGUGAGGAUCUACGUGGACAUCGUGAUCAACCACAUGGCUGCCAUGUCUGGACAGGGUACCGGAGGAUCCAGCGUUAAUGGGCUGAACUUCCCGGCGGUUCCGUUCGGACCGAAUGAUUUCAACCCGCACUGCGAGAUCUACAACUACAACGAUCCCUACCAGGUGCGCAACUGCUGGCUCGUCGGCUUGCCCGAUUUGGCUUUGGGAACGCAGUGGGUGCGUGACCGCAUCGUUGAUCUGAUGAACAAGGUGUCCGGCUAUGGAGUCGCCGGAUUCCGCGUUGAUGCCGUCAAGCACAUGUGGCCUGGAGAUCUUCAGCACAUCUACAGCCGUUUGAACAACCUGCCAACUGAUCAUGGAUUCCCGGCUGGAGCUAAGCCCUUCCUGACUCAGGAGGUCAUCGAUUUGGGUGGUGAAGCCAUCAGCCGUGAUGAGUACACUCACCUGGGAACGGUCACCGAGUUCCGCUUUUCGGCACAGAUUGGACGCGUUUUCCGUGGCUACGACCGACUGUCUCAUCUGACCAACUGGGGAGAAGGCUGGGGCUUCCUGCCUUCUCACUUGGCUCUGGUCUUUGUGGAUAACCACGAUAAUCAGCGUGGACACGGUGCCGGAGGUAGCGAUGUGCUGACUCACAAGAUUCCCAAGAACUACAAGAUGGCGUCCGCGUUCAUGUUGGCCCAUCCGUACGGUAUUCCGCGUAUCAUGAGCUCGUUCUUCUUCAACGAUGGUGACCAGGGACCUCCUCAGGACGGUGGUGGCAACCUGGUUCCUCCGUCGAUCAACGCUGACGAAUCGUGCGGAAAUGGAUGGGCUUGUGAGCACCGCUGGCGUCAGAUCUACAACAUGGUCGGCUUUCGUAAUGCCGUAUCUGGAACCGGAAUCAACGACUGGUGGGACAACGGUGCCAACCAGAUGGCGUUCUGCCGUGGUGGACGUGGCUUUGUGGCGUUCAACCUGGAGGGAUACGAUCUGAACCAGAGUCUGCAGACGUGCCUGCCGGCUGGAGAUUACUGCGACGUCAUUUCCGGAAACAAGGUCAGCGGAGGAUGCACUGGAACCGUCGUGCACGUUGGAGGUGAUGGCCGUGCUAACAUCCAUAUUUCGGCCCAUGGUGACGAUGGUGUUCUGGCCAUUCAUGCCAACUCCAGGGUUUAAGAUGUGAUGCAAUAAAGUUUUUAUAUUAUUUUCCGCCUAUUUCAACAUGA